AUGGUUGAAUCGGGUCUAGGAGGGGCCGACUGUCUCAUGUGCCACACAAGGCAAGCUGAUUGGAAAGAUGUAAAGAAAAUCAAUGAGGAAAAUGCCUUUCAAAUCACUCGUACUGCUGAGAAAACUGUGCAGCUGUACAAGGAAAUGAUAGAAGAGAAAGGGCAAAUUGUGCGAAAGAAAAAUGACUACGAGGUCUGUGCAGGACUGACGACCGAGCCUCUUUCUACUAGUGAUCAUCACUACAUAACACUCACUCACCAGUAUAUUAAUGGAACAACAUGGUUUUUAAAUAUUUUCCAUAGAAUCACAGCAAAUCUUCUCGUGUGGGCCAUAAGGGGCGAAGACAGUCAAGCGAAAUUAAAAGCAGCGAAAUAUAGCGUGCUAAAACAUAUUGAGGAGAAUACGGGGCUGAAACCAGAUCAGCGUGAUUCUGCCAGUGGAAAUACGGACACGAGUACAACGGGUUCGCAGGGAAGAAGAUUUUUCAUGUUUGAAUAUCGGGAAAAAGUACUUGGCUGUCUGCCGAAAAAAUACAAAGAUGUUGUGAACUGGCUUAUGAAAACAUAG